AUGAGGUACCAAAAAACAAUCAUAGAUACUAAUGAACUGACCCCUCCUGCACCUGUCCAGCUGUGUUACCAAAAUGUGAACAGAUCCUGUGUCAAAGCUCCCUAUGCCCUGGGCCCCCACCUGCUGCUCUACCUGCUCUUUGGCUCUGGCGCUGCGCUGGCUGUCUUGGGAAACCUGCUGGUGAUGACUUCUAUCCUCCACUUCAAGCAGCUCCACUCUCCAGCCAACUUGCUGAUCGCCUCUCUGGCCUGCGCUGACUUCUUGGUGAGGAUGACUGUAAUGUCCUUCAGCACGGUCAGGUCUGUGGAGAGCUGCUGGUACUUCGGGAACAGUUUCUGUAAAUUACACUCCUGUUUUGAUGGCAUCUUCUGUUACUGCUCUAUCUUCCACUUGUGCUUUAUCUCCAUUGACAGAUACGUCGCUGUCACAGACCCGCUGGUCUAUCCCACCAGGUUCACCAUGUUUGUGUCCGGCAAAUGUAUCGCUUUUUCCUGGGUGCUUGCUGUUGUCUAUAGCUUUUCGCUUUUUUAUACUGGGAUAACUGAAGCUGGUCUGGAGGAACAAAUAAGUGCCCUCACCUGUGUGGGAGGCUGUCAGGUUGGAGUUAAUCAAAGCUGGGUCUUGAUCGACUUUCUAUUAUUUUUCAUCCCUGCACUUGUGAUGAUAACAGUUUACUCCAAGAUCUUCCUGAUAGCCAAGCAACAGGCUAGGAAAAUUGAAAGUCAGAGCAAUAAGACUGCAAAAUCCUCAGACAGCUACAAGGACAGGGUGGCCAGGAGGGAGAGGAAAGCAGCAACGACCCUGGGGGUCGCAGUGAUAGCUUUUCUGAUCUCAUGGUUGCCUUACUUCAUUGAUUCUGUCAUCGAUGCCUUCCUGGGAUUCAUCACACCUACGUAUGUGUAUGAAAUAUUAGUGUGGAUCGUUUACUACAACUCAGCAAUGAAUCCCUUGAUUUAUGCUUUCUUUUAUCCCUGGUUUCGAAAAGCCAUCCAACUAAUUAUUACAGGCAAAGUGUUCAGACAGAAUUCCUCCUCAGUGAACUUAUUUCUUGAGUAG